UAAAGUGAUUUUAUUAUUAGAUUAUAACUUUUUUUUUUUUAACUUCCCAGAAUCUUCCAGGUUUUGGUUUGUGAGCAUUUGAACAGAUGCAUAGUUGCAUCUUCCCUUUCCAUUUACUGAUGGUUUCACUGGAGCUAAGUUUGGAGCUGUCUGGAAGCACGUUUUGGAGAAAGGUGGCAAAUUAAAGUGCAAGCUAAGCUGUUCCUACGAGUCGUGAAGAAACAUCCUCAGUUUUGCUGUUUUUUUUUUUCUAAAUUACUUAGCAAAUUAUUUUGAAAGGUGAAAUAACAUUGGUAACUUGGAAAGACCCACUUCUGUUCUUUAUGAAUAUUUCACAUACGCAGUGUAAAUAACCAGCACUUUGGGAUUUUCAGAAAUUUCAGGCUGUUAAGAAAUGAAGAUUUGGACAUCAUGUAUUGGACCGCAAAAUUUUUUCCAAGCACUGAGCUUUGGUGUCAAAUACUACUCUAAGCAUAAUCAUCUCCAAACAAUAUAUCUUUAUAGUCAAAUAAAACCCCCAAAAUGCCACAUCCUGGACUGUUCAGGAAACGCAUGCAACAGCACUAUGCCACCUGGAAGCAUUCUGCAAGGGAGAUUCUUUUCCUGCCAGCAGGAAGUGACAAAAAUUUCUCGCAAAAGAAAAAAAAAACCAUCUGUAAUAACAUCAGAGCUUUUGUAUAAGGACCUUCUGAGAUCAGAACAAGAAAACUGGAAUGAAAUUUCAGCAAGAUACACAUCUAUGAUAGAAAGAAUCAAGCAAAAAUUAGAGAGACUGCACAACAAGUAUACAUUCAAUUCGAGCAGCCCAAGGGUUAGGUUUGGAGGGAAUGUGUACUUUGAGGAAAAUGGCUGCAUAUUUCUUUCAAAAGCAGAUGACGUGGAUAAAGCAAAUGUUAACGUUUUAUUCAGUACUGAAGAUAUUGGCUUUUCUGAUGCCCAUAUUCAACGGAUCAGAAUUUCACCAGAUCAGAGGUAUAUGGCUGCCAGCUUAAAAAGUGAAAAUUCUGAAGAGGCAACCUGUGUUAUUAUGAAACUUGAUUGUUUUCCUGUCAUGGAAAAAGUCAUUCCAAAUGUUUUUAGUUUUGAAUGGGCUACAUGUGAUGUUCUGUUUUACACAAGUCAGAAGAAUCUUAAAUGCCAGGAAGUGUUUAUGACAACUGUCACUGAUGAGAAACAUACUAAAUUAAUUUACACAGAACAAGAUGCAAGAUUUUUUGUAGACAUAUAUUGCACAAAGGACAGACGGUUUCUCACUAUCAACAGCAACAGCAAGACAACCUCAGAAGUUUGGCUGGUGGACUGUAACCAUCCUUUCAAGUCACCUGUUCUUGUACAAGCACGAACAAAAGGAGUCAUUUAUCACAUUGAGCACAGAAAUGAUGAGUUAUAUAUUCUUACUACAUAUGGAGAGCCUGCAGAAUAUAAGUUGAUGAAGGCACCAGUAGCUUCCAGUGGCAUGGAGAACUGGCAGUUAUUUUAUGCAUUGGAGGAGAAGACCAAACUAAUAGACUUGGAGAUGUUCAGUAAUCACUGUAUUAUGUUCCUGCAGCACACUGGUCAUCUUUAUUUAAAUGUACUUUCUUUUGUUUCUCAUUCAGUUCAGUCAAUUAAGCUGCCUACGUGGGCCUGUGCAUUUGAAUUGGAAUCUCAUCCUGAACAUACCACCAGCACUUGCUAUUUUCAGCUCACCUCCCCAGUACACCCCCCUAAGCGUUUUGCAUAUUCAUUUAAAGAAAAUAAUCUCAUUGAACAAGCUGAGCAAGAGGUACCAAUUAUUACGAAUUGUCACACUACACGUUUACUUGCUAAAAGCAAGGAUGAAACUUUGGUGCCAAUUACAGUUUUUCAUAAUAUAAAUUCUAAAGAGCUACACAGGAAACCACUUCUAGUUCAUGUAUAUGGAGCUUAUGGCAUAGAUUUGAACAUGAGCUUUAAAGAAGAGAAGCUGAUGUUAAUUGAAGAGGAUUGGAUAUUAGCAUAUUGCCAUGUUAGGGGUGGAGGAGAGCUAGGCCUUAGCUGGCACAAAGAUGGAUGUCAGCACAAUAAACUCAAAGGUCUCCAUGACCUUAAGGCUUGCAUUAUGCUGCUGCAUGAACUAGGAUUUUCUCAGCCAAAAUAUACAGCACUAGUAGCUGCCAGUGCUGGAGGAAUUCUUGCAGGAGCCCUGUGCAAUACUGAUCCAGAACUUAUCAGAGCCGUGGUCUUACAGGCUCCUUUCCUAGAUGUUCUAAAUACAAUGAUGAAAACUCAUCUCCCACUGACAGUGGAAGAACAGGAAGAAUGGGGAAAUCCAUUAGCAGAUGAAAGAAGUAUGACGUAUAUCAAAAACUAUUGUCCUUACCAGAAUAUUAAGCCACAGCAUUAUCCUUCAGUUUUUAUCACAGCUUAUGAAAACGAUCAACGAAUACCACUAACAGGAGUUUUAAGGUAUGUUCAGAAACUUAGGAAGGCUGCAAGAGAUCAUGCCAGCAGAACAGAAGGGAAAGGAAAUUGGAUCCCUAAUAUCAUCUUAGACAUCCAGGCAAACAGCAGUCAUUGUGAGUCAUCUUGGGAGGAUUCACUAAAUGAGGUUGCAAGACACCUUGCUUUUCUGAACAAAGAACUUGAUAAAGAAUAAGGUGGAGAAGUAUGCUAUCCACAACAUUACAUCACGUCAAAUCCUGCAAAUAGGUGAUAUACACAGUGACCACCUGAAAAGCUUCAGGUCAGAUUUGUAUUUAUAGGUAGAGUGAAAACCUCUUCUCUUCUCUUGGAUCCCUGCUUUCUGGGCAUAAGCAGACCAGAAAUUCAAAGACUAAAAGUUGUGCGUGGCAUUAGCUUACAAACAUACAAACUAUGUGUUACAUUUCUCCUGCCAGGUAGUACAGAAGUAGCCUCCUGCAUUAACCAAUUAGUUCAGGGCAGUUGUGUUCAUCGAAGCAAGUAGUGCAGCACAAUACAAGCAGAACUUUAGUGCAAAACAGUUGGUGCUGAAAACCAAAGAUGUGAAGAGAUGCACUUUGUACCGGCAGCCAUUCCGGUCUAAGAUCUCUAUUCCAAGACAGAAUUUUACACAAGGCAGUAAAACUGAUUCAUAGCUCAGUGACCUCUAAGCAAGGCAAUCUUGUACAAAACAGCUACGCGUUGUUUAUUAAGAUAGAUGCAUAGUGCACACCUAGUACCAACAAUUGGUACAAACUUCAGUGGUGGAAAACAUUAUGUGGCCGUAAGGUCCUCAAACCAAAACAGAUUGCACCAAAUCAAACCCCUGUCCUUCUUUUGUAUCACAUUAAGCCGCUACUGAAGAUGCACCAAAUGUGAUUCAAAACACACGAACAAGUGGGACAUUCAGCAGAGUUGUUGCUUACUCUGAACCACAACUGAUAUAUACACACACCUUACCUCCACCCUUCUUUGGGUAGAAAAAUAAAAAAUGAGAAUGCAAACAUAUUCUAUCGCAGUAUAGGAGAGGAGGAAAGAUCCAUUGGAAAUUCAGUUUUGAGAGCAGAGUUAGACGUCCUUAGCCAGUUUUUGUUCUUUUUCGUACUAACUUGGAGGAUAACUCUUCUAGCAGCUCUA